ACCAAAGGCGCCCAUUGGGGACAUUGUAACCCGGCGGAUGUUGCCUCUAGAGGAUGUACUGUAAAGGAACUUGUUAAUUCAAUAUGGUACUCCGGACCAAAGUUUCUAUACGAAAACUCUGAUAAAUGUCCAAAGAACAGCUGCGAUGAUAUCGACAUGGAAGUUGUCGAUAGGGAGAAACGAAAAUCAGCAUUUAAUACAAUUGUUAGCACCAAUUACAUUUUGGAAAUUAUGAAUCAGCGGAGUAACUACACCAGCAGCCUUCGAUUAAUAGCUUGGAUGUUCCGCUUCAUCAAUAAAUUUCGACAUGGAGCUAAUCUUAAUGACUCAUUAACACUUUCACCACAAGAGAAAGAGCUUACGAUAAAUGGCCGGUUACGUUAUUUAAAUCCUUUUCUCGAGUAUAUCGAAGGAUUUCAAAUACUCAAAGUUGGAGGUCGAUUGAAAUCAGCAGAUAGUCCAGAAGAAAGGAAACACCUAAUGCUGUUGCCAAACAAAUGCGAAUUUGUUGUGCAUUACGUUCGUCAUCCACAUCGAAAACACUACCAAGCAGGACCAAAGGCACUGGUAGCACUGAUAAGACUUCAGAUUUGGAUAGUCAAUGCGCGCGAUUUAGCAAGACGUAUCGUCAGAUCGUGGACCAAGUAAUGGGCAUUCGAGGCAAAACACCUUAUAAAGCGAACAUUGGGAUCUUCGUUUGUCUAGCGACAAAGGCGGUUCACAUCGAACUAGUAUCGGAUCUAUCCACGGACGCUUUCUUAGCGUCAUUGAAGCACAUGAUUGGAAGAAAAGGUCUACCUUUUGACAUCUUUUGCGAUAACACAACAAAUUUUGUGGAUGCUUGCAACAAACUAGCUGAAUUAAAGUCAUUUUUAUUUAAAACCGAAAACAAAGAUGCAAUUAUAAAAUAUUGUGCUAAUGAACUUAUAAAUUUCAAUUUUAUUCCUCCAAGAGCACCUCAUUUCGGCGGUUUUUGGGGGGCAGCAGUCAAAUCGGCUAAGGGUCACCUCAACCGCACCAUCAAAAAUGCAAGACUCACAGCUGAGGAACUAACAAUAGUCCUGGUUGAGAUAGAAGCUGUAUUAAAUUCUCGUCCAAUAACACCAAUGUCAUCGGAUCCAAAUGAUUAUGAAAUAUUAA